GAGAAUGAAACCAUAUUCACGUCGCUGGAUUGUUCUUCACUUGUAAACACUUCUAAUUCUUUUAUGGUAAUAUUUGACAUUUGGAUGUUAUAAAAAAAUAAAGGAGCCUUUGUUAAAUGCAAAAUGAUUAACACAGCAACUUUAUUCCGUGUGAGUCUCUUGAUCUUUAGCGGUGCUUUUGGCGCUGAUACAGAUGUAAUAAAGUCAGUAUCAGUGACUGAGGGAGAUUCUGUCAAUCUAAACACUGAUGUUACUGAAGUACAGAGAGAUGAUAUGGUACUGUGGAUGUUUGGACCUCAACAAACUCGUGUAGCUGAAAUCAUUAAGCAGAUCAUUUAUACAUAUAACAGUAACGUGAGAUUUGGAGACAGACUGAAGAUGGACGGUCAGACUGGAUCUCUGACCAUCAGAAACAUCAGAACCACAGACUCUGAACUUUAUAAACUAUCUAUCUUCAGCACGAGGGAAACCACACACAAGAAUUUCAGGGUUAUGGUCUAUGCUCGUCUGCCUGUUGCUGUCAUCACCAGAGACUCUUCACAGUGUUCUUCAUCGUCUGAAAGACUAAUGAACCAGAAUUGUUCACUGCUGUGUUCGGCGGUGAACGUGAGUCAUGUGACUCUCUCCUGGUACAAAGGAAACAGUUUAUUGUCCAGCAUCAGUGUGUCUGAUCUCAGCAUCAGUCUCUCUCUACCUCUGGAGGUGGAAUAUCAGGAGAAAAACACCUACAGCUGUGUGAUCAACAACCCCAUCAGAAACCAGACCACACAUCUGAACAUCAGUCAGCUCUGUCAGACAUGUCCAGGAUGGUUUAAUGUAAACCCAGUCUUUGCUGCAUGUGUGUCUGCUGCAGCUCUGCUUGUACUCGUGAGUGUGAUCUACUGUCUCUACAGGAAACACAAAAGAGCGACACAAAACAGAAAUGGUUUUAAACCUCAUGUGAAUACAUCGGAAACGGUCCAGACGGGAGAUGAAGAGAUACAAUAUGCUGAAACGGGAUAUUUUCAACAAAAUGAACAUAAAAACAAAGCUCAUGGGACAGAGGAAGCGAUAUACUCCAGGGUUGUCAGACGACACUGAAGUGCUGCGUUUAUGUGUUAUGUCUGGAUUGGUCUUCGUUAUUAAAAUAAAGGAGAGGAAGACAGAAUGUCUCAACUGAAUGGAAUUAAUAUCCGACUGAUUUUCAGGUGAUAUUUAAAGAUGGAUCUGCGUGCAGUGAAAUAGAUCCCAGCGCCAGAGCUUACAGACAAUCAAUCAAAAGAGAAAGGAAAAAUAGUGUCCUUCAUUCAGGAAGCAAAACCAAGUUCGUGUUCAGCUUCAUGUCACCAUUUUGGUAUCAGGGUUUUCUCAAGCUUGCACCGAAACAUCAUGCGCGUACAUGAAUAUUAACGAUUCGUACUGAAUAUUACAACUUAUAUGCAGUAUUUAGGUACACAAUUUUUUUCCCGACCUGUUUUGUUAAUUGUCAGUCAGCACUUCUUCCUGCUUAAUUAGCUCUAAUGCUCGAUUUUUUUCACUGCUGUGUGACGUUUUAUCUGGGAGCUUGAGCUCAGUAGCGAAACGUGCUGCUGCAGAUUUGCGUAUCGGUCUUUAUUUACCAUAUAAUUGUACUAAUAAACAUGAUUCUGUGUUUUAA